AUGAAUUUGAGAGCGGGUGGAGAGUUUGAUAGAUACAUCCCUAGAAGAAGUUCUAGCGAUUUGGCCCAUUUAAAUUUGACGAAUAAUUCCUCAGAUGAUGAUCUGUUGAAUGUAGAAUUCGACGAUGAGAAAAACGGCUACCCACACCCGAUAUUUGCAAAUACAGCGAAGAGAGCAAAUAAUAUGAUUUCCUAUAAAAAUAGAAUUUUAGGGGCCUUGGGUAUCACUAGUUCGAGCAUAUUCAAGCCUUCCAACAAAAGAGAGUACAUAACUAAUAACAUAGAGGCUCGUUCAUGGCCAGUUAAAAGUAGAAAAAUGCCUUUAAUAAAAGCACCCGAAACGUUACUGGAUAUGCCUGGUGCCGAAGGAUUUGACAAUGUCAUAAUUCGCCAUAUGAUAGAUUGGAGUUCUAAAGGAAUAAUUGCUACAAUUUUUCGAGAAGAAGUUCAUCUGUGGUCAGAAGGCUUAGGACAGCUUGGACAAACCAACACAAAUCGAACAGUUGCUAAUUGUGUCAAAUGGAACAAAUCGGGCAGUAAAUUUGCUGUGGCAAGAACGAGCUCAAAAGUCAGUAUUAUAGAUGGGGCAACUUUGAAAGCUAGUUUUUAUUACGAAAAUCCUAGAGAGGAUAGUAUAAAUGGGUGUAAUUUUUUAACUGUAUUUAGCAGUUUACAUAAUCGAGUAGACGAAGUUCGAUUUCAUGUAGGAAGGGUGCCCUAUGUUAUUUGGGAUGGAACAGGGACUAAGCUAGCGUCUGUUGGAACUGAUGAAAACCUAGCCCUAUGGAACUUUUUUGGUGCGGACCCAGAAACGCAUAAAAUGCUAAAUAGGGAACCAAAAAGACAUCCCCGCGUUUUUGAUUUUCAAUAUUUAUUUGAUACUUGUUUGAGAUGA